UGAUAGUGAUGGACGAGUUCGUGACCCCUCCUUCCAGCCCUGUUCAUUUCCUGGAUGCUAAGUCAAAAGAGUCAGAGGGUUCAACAUCAUGGAUUUCGUGGAUGAGAGGGACUCGUGGUGGCCAGUUAAGUGAUAGUGAUAGUAAUCGAUAUAAGGACGAGGUUGAUCCUUUCUACAUACCAUCCGACUAUACCUGGGUGGACGCAAACGAGAAAAAACGUCGCAUGAAAGCCAAGAAAGCCAGAAGCCAGAAGCACAAAAGGCCUGCCAUAGCCAAAGGUGGGGAUGGAGGCCAGCAGGUGAAUGAAGAGGUGGAAGAAUAAACACACGAUCCCGGUUGUUUUACUGUUUUAGUGGCAUCUUACAACAGAUUGAGGAGGCAAGUCUCCUCCCUACACCCAUCUGACGUUUCACUAUUUGCAAAUAGCCAAAUGGGACAGUUGAUUUGCUGAAUGAUUGGUAGCGUAAUCACUUUGAUUAAAGAAGAGCCUUUCUUUCUGUUGUUUUGUUAUGUGAUGUGAAAUUGGAGAGGGACCAAAAUCUCCUCGUUUCUUUAUUAGCUUUGUUUCAGUUCUAAAUUUUAUUGAACAUUACAUCUUUGUAUC